GUGCCCAAUCUGAUGUCUGAAGUUUGGUCAACGUGACUGAGAUGACUUCGUAAUCUCGCAAUUUCGUGCUUUCAUUUUUCCAGCAGUGUUAAACGUUACAAACAUCUUGAAUUUGAAUUUAAGGAGUGAAGAAACACAAAUCGUCGAUCGGUGCUCGGUCACUGAACUUAUUUUCCUAUGUUCCACAUUUUAACACACCCUGAGAGCGAAUUGAUAUUUACGGAAAAUAAAUCAACCCUAAAAAUCACUCAAUAUUGAUAGUGACCCGACGAUUUAAUCAAACCUUCACGUGACCUCACAGACGCAGCAUAACAACAAACAAAAUCGUUCGUUCAUCGCUGCUCUUCAUUUGUCCGAGGAUAACUUAGCGAUUAGUAAUCGAGUAGUACUCGAAUAUGAAUAAUAUCGAUCAGCUUUUCAAUUGACAAUCAGCACUGAUCAUGGCUAAUGCAGAGGAGGAUGUGAUGGUCCAAUAUCGGGCUUAUUGGUGUGAAACGUUGGAACGGGCGUUGGAGUGUCCUAUUUGUUUGGAAAUACUGAGAGGCGACAUUUAUCAGUGUUUUAAUGGACAUACUGUAUGUCAAUACUGCAAAAAGUCGCAGGACACGUGUCCAGAAUGUUCAUCAGAAUUCAGUGGCAUUCGUGCUAGGACAGUUGAGAGUAUUGUUGAAAACUUUCGGGAAAUGAAGCUUUCCCUUUUGGAUCCUGACCAUAAGAUCAACAAAGUCAUCACAUCGAGAAAAUCGGUGGAGACCCAAACUACAGAAUCGACAGAAGCGGCUGUAUUGCGACGCAGCGCUAGAAUAGCUAAUCGUGCAAAGAUGAACUCUAAAACUACAUCAAAGGGAAAGAAAUAAAAAAAUAAUGAGAAAGGAAAGAAGGAGUUAGAGGAGAACUGAUGUGUAUUUUUUGAGAUUUACGAGUUUCAUCAUUUCAUGAUCUCAUUGAUCCCUCUGAAAGAUGGAAUAACGUCCGUUUUAUUUAUGUUGUUUUUUUAAAAUAUGUUAAGAGACUUCUACAGUGCAAUAUUGAACAGCUAAAACGUAAAGAGUGAAAAAUCUAAAAUUUUAUCUUUGAGAGGAAAGAAAUGUGAUGGAAAAUUUUUAGGGACAAUUUAUUCAUUACAUUUACUCCUGGGAAGUUCAUAUUUUUAUAAUAAUUGCACUGAUGGUAAAUUACUUUCUAUCAAUCUAUUGAGGUCGGACGUUAGUGAGUUUGGAAAGUCUUGGGCUGAGUUAGGAACCUAUUGGGCGACUUGAUAUAUAAUAGAAACAGUUCCGAAGUAAAAAAUAUGAUGAUUCAAAUCGAUGUGCACCACGGUCUUUAUCUCAUUGAUCUUUUCUUUGUUCCGACAUGUUCGUUAGGCGUAAAAAACAAAUUUAUCUUCAAAAAUGAAUGUUUGAAUUUUCUACAUCUCUCGUAGACAUUUUUCAGACCAUAAAAAAUGUCGGACUGAAAUAAAAAAUUAUCCAAUGUUCGAUCAACCGGUCCCUAACCAUCUUAAUCAAUUCAUAUUUGAAAUUUUGACGAAUUGUCAUUGUAUUCGCCUAUUUUUUUAGUAUCUUAGGAAUUUCUCUUAAAGAUGUGUGAAAUUCAGACAUUAACAGUUGCUGUGAAUUAUUUUAAGGCCGAAAACAAUGAAAAUGGAAAGUUUCUCCCAUUUUCUCUAUUUUCAAUUACUAUUCAAUUGAAAAGUAAUUGAAUUCAAAGUAUAGACUCCGGGGUCUCAAUUUCAGAGGUGAUUUUUGUAAUGAGUAAAAUAUUUGGUGUUUAAAAUAGAUUUUUGAAGAAAAAAACAUGACAUUAAUGAUGAAGAAAGUUGUAGAUCCAAAAAAACCUCUCGUGGAAGGGGUCUAUACUGUACUUUUGAACUCCAUAGUAAUCUUUCAAAAUUAGUCCAGAUGCUGUGAGCAAAAUAACUAUUAAUUGUCGAUUUUUUUCCAAGCCUUUAAAUCAUUCACUUGAUUGAUCGUACAAUGAGUAAUUACCUUUUUCUUUGGAGCCUAACAAAUAUUUCCCAAACUGUAAAAAAAAUCGUUUUUCACGCUUUUAGAAGAUAAAAUCAAUUUAGUAUAUAUUUCUCACUUUUGCUCAAUAGGUCCCUAGCCCUCCCGAGGACGCGAAAGCUGACGAUGUCCCUUCUUAAGGAAUUGAUACGAGGACUGUACGAGAUAAGAAGUAACAAUUCAAUAAUAAUUAUUGCCGGCCAGUAGUUAUCGUAACCACAGAAGUAUUUGCAGUGAAAUUAUAAAUGGGAUUGACGACUAGUACAAGAAUUGUGAAACUUUUAUACGCAGUUAUCUCUGGAAGUAUUAGAUUUAUAAGAGAAAAAUUAUCUAUAAAAACUUUUUGUGAUAUAUGGAAUUCUCAGUGAAAGGAUUUUUAAUAGUGACUUGGCAUCGCUCAUUAUUGAUAUCAUUAUAAAGUAUUAUUAUAUACAUACAUUAGCAAACGUUA